AUGAACAGUAUAAAGAGGACAUUCCUACACGGAAAGAUCGGAUCUAUAUUAAUGCUACAGACAAAGAAAGAAGAAGAGACAGAUUUGAGCAGUGAUGAGCAGUAUAAGGAGGACAUUCCUACAGGGAAACAUCUGAUUUAUAUUAAUGCUACAGACAUAAAGAAAGAAGAGUCAGAUGGGAGUGGUAAUGAGCAGUAUAAGGAGGACAGCCCUACAGGGAAAGAUCUGAUCUAUAUUAAUGCUACAGACAUAAAGGAAGAACAAGAGACAGAUGUGAGCAGUGAUGAUCAGUAUAAGGAGGACAUUCCUACAGGGAAAAAUCUGAGCUCUAUUAAUGCUACAGACAUAAAGGACCAACAAGAGACAGAUGUAAACAGUGAUAAGCAGUAUAAGGAGGGCAUUUCUACAGGGAGAGAUAUGAUCUAUAUUAAUGCUACAGACAUAAAGAAAGAAGAAGAGACAGAGAUGAGCAGCGAUGAGCAGUAUAAGGAGGACAUUUCUGCAGGUAACUGCCCAGAUUCUUGUAGCAGGAGAUCAGAGGAGAAUCUUAUAUCUUCAGAUUAUAAAGCAGAUGAUGAUAUCACACAAGAUACAUAUGAAGAACAUUCCAUUAUCCCAGAUACACCCUCAGCCCUUCACAGCCAAGAUCUGUCAUCUCAUCCUUAUAUACAGGUCCUGUCUUCUCACUCAUCACAGGAUGUUCAGCAAAAUAAAAGUCACAGAAGGGGUGUUGGACACCAACAAGCUCAUACAGGAAAGAAAACAUAUUCAUGUUCAGAAUGUGGGAAAUGUUUUACUUCUAAAUCAGAUCUUGUUGUACAUCAGAGAACUCACACAGGAGAGAAGCCCUUUUCAUGUUCACAAUGUGGAAAAUGUUUCACUCAGAAAUCGCAUCUUGUUGGACAUCAGAGAACUCACACAGGAGAGAAGCCAUUUUCAUGUUCAGAAUGUGGAAAAUAUUUUACUUCUAAAACGUGGCUUGUUCAGCAUCAGAGAACUCACUGUUUUCAUGUUCAGAAUGUGGGAAAUGUUUUACUUCUAAAUCACGGCUUGUUGAACAUCACAGAACUCACACAGGUGAGAAGCCAUUUCCAUGUUCAGAAUGUGGGAAAUGUUUUACUAAGAAAUCAAAUCUUGUUGAACAUCAAACAGCUCACACAGGAGGGAAGCCAUUUUCAUGUUCAGAAUGUGGGAAAUGUUUUACUUCUAAAUCACGGCUUGUUAGACAUAUGAGAAUUCACACAGGGGAGAACCCAUUUUCAUGUUCAGAAUGUGGGAAAUGUUUUACUUCUAAAUCAAAUAUUAUUGAACAUCAGAGAACUCACACAGGGGAGAAGCCAUUUUCAUGUUUAG